AUGGCCGAAUAUAUCGAACUCGACGAGAUCGGACAUGAUUAUGAUUGGGAUCCGUGGGAAGGGGAUGAAUACGAUGAUAUUAAUUUCGGCGACGACUUGCGCGAAACGACACUGGAUGAUUUAGAUCGUCGGAACAAUGAAGUAUGGUUGUCUGAUUUUAAAAGACAGAAUGAAAAUGAAAAAAAUACAAAAAGAAAAAAAGAGACCAAUUCCCUGCAUACGACCGGAUCUUCUGUCGGUCUGAAAUCUGAAUAUAUGAAAAAACUUUUUGGGAACGACUAUAAAUUAAAUCCGAAUGAUGGACCAAAUUCUAAAGAUUUGUUUUCCAGACUAAAUACCCACGGAUACUGGCUAACAUUUGAUAAUAUUGAUGUUGCCUUCAUCGAAAAAAAUGGGGAAUACAAACUAUCCACAAAUAAAAAUGUAACUGUUGCCGAGAGCCAGAAAAAUUUUAGAACUGCUUUUGAAAAAGCAACGGAAGAACAUAAAACUAAAUUAGUCAGUAUCAUGGAAGAAGAAAUUCCGGAGGGAAAUCCAUCGAUCCACAGCGAUAUUUCUAAUGACGUGCGUGAUGAAAUUCAUCGUGAAAAUAUCGAUGAUAAUCUUGAAUUUCACGAACGUGUUUCACAAUUUCAUCGCGACGGGAAAUUCACCGAACAAGAAGUGAGGGAAUUAGUUGGAAUUACAGUCCCCAAAGGUGAACCUAACGAACGUAUUAAAUAUUUAAAGGUAGAACGUCAAAAACUGAAAACAGAUUUUGAAACCGAAUCCGAUCCUGAACGUCGAGAUAUUUUUCGCGAAGCGUUAGAAAUUAUCGAUCAAAAUAUCGACGAUGCGAGACUGGAAAUGCGGAAACGUCCCGAAUCCGAAGAAGGUGUACAUCGUGUUCGGGAAAAAGUUCGCGAGGAUGUACGGACGAGAUUUGAGAAAUUUAAAACUUGGGCCAGAGAAAAUCUAGGAGUUUUAUCUGCGAUCGCUAUUUCCAUCGCCGGAAUUAUUACGACCGUCGUCGUCGCUGGAAAAAAGACGCUGGUCGGUGCUGCGAAAGGCGUGGGCGAAGUUGGAAAAGCGUUGGGAAAAAUUGCAAAAGCCGCCCUUCCUGUGAUCGUUCCCAUCUUGAAUAUGUUAGCGACCGUUCUGAAAUGGGGUGCGAAAGGAAUAGAAUUUCUUGCGAAAAACUUAUGGAUUCUUGCCAUUCUGAUCGCAGGAUACUUGUACAAUUAUUUCACAAAGAAAAAAUAA